UGUCUCCAUGUGGAAGCCCAGUCAGCUGACUUGGCCAACAAGUUGUCCCGGGCUCCCGAGAGUGAAAAGCGGUCAUUUAGGCGUGGACUGGAUGCGGGGUUGGGGGAUGCGUGUGUGUGCGUGACAGGCGGAAACUUGUAAUAUUAUAUGCACACCACAAUUAUGUAAUGAUCAUCAUGAUAAUACCUUAAGCCGAGCAAGUGGUAUCUGUCAGUCAGCCGAAUUCAACGAGGCGUGUUCAUCUUCUCCUCUGUCAUUCAAGGUGCCUCCUGCCCGGUCGUUUCAUAUGGUCAGCGUUCAUUGUGGUAAUGGUGGCUCUUUCCAUAACAAUCGAAGCCAGACCUCAAAGGAAUCUGGCGCACAUUGCGGUGGUGGAGAACGCCGCCUGGGAAAAGACCCUUCCCCAGCAGUUCCAGAACCCCUUCUAUAAUACUCCAAGGGUGAGGGAUGCCCUGGCCAGAUCCAGUUGGUUUGGCCCCGGCGAGGAGGUGGUUUAUGAUCGCCAGGCUGAGAAAAUUCCACGCAUGGAAAUCUACAAUGUGCUGUCCCAUGCCGGUUUGAUACCACGCCGGCGUUUCCUUUAAAUUAACUAA